GAGGACGGGAAGUGACUUGCUUGCCUCUGCCGCCAACGUCCGAUGGUGAUCACUCUGCAUGUGCCCACCGGAUUAUGAAGCAGCAGCCACCCAGCGAAGCAGCAAAAGCAGUAUAAUAAUCGCCUCCCGCCGCCUGCUCACCACCGCCAGCUCCACUGCCAAAUCGACACAUCAAACGCCUCCGCCAUGACCGACUCACCAUUCCAGCGCUGCCCGCUGGACGCGAAAGAACAGCCAAUCCUCGAUCGCGUGCUCAUCAUCCGCGACCACCUCUCUCUCAUGAAGAGUGAUCGUUCAACCUACAUCAAAUCCGCCGAUGUUCAGAAAUACUAUCACCAGCUCAUCGAGCAAGUCGAACUUCUCAACCGCAUACGAGAAACGAAACGUGACGAGCAAAAUCGUGUCGAUACCGUCCUCGAUGACUGCUUCCGUCUCAUCUCUUUACUGUUCCUUACUGUUGGACGUAACCGCGAAGCUCCCGCAAUCUACUCCUGCGUAAGUACCGUCGAUCGUCUGCUGAAUCAUUUGCGCGAGGCUGGCUUCUACCUUCCGGCUGAUCUGAAGAGCAUUGAUGAGCAUUUGACGAAAUGGGAGAGGAUGAUUGAGAGAGGGAGAGAUGAGUUUGGGCACAGUGAGCAGAUCCUGACAUUGUUGUCGGCGAGGAUCGAUGUCUGUAAGAGGACAUUGGAGGAAUUAAAGGUGCCGCUUUCGAAUCUGGACGGGGAUCUGAUGAAAGCUUAUCAGAAGUUGGUGAGCAUUUUGAGGAGCUUGAGCGCGUGCAAUACGAGAUCGAGAUUCCCGGAAAGAGAGGUCAAGGACUUCGAGAGACAAUUACUGGAGAUCCAGGAACAGCUGCACGCUGAACGCGAUCCACAUGAAGGCAAGACCGCGGAAGAAGUAUACGCAGAGAGGUUGCAGUUGAUUCAGGAUUGCCCGAGCUGUGUCAAGGAACCGGAUAUGGUCGUCAAAGGUCUGCUCGCAAGAUGCUUGCUGUGGGUGGAGAUCAUCCAGCAGAAGAAGGGCAAGAUCGAUCCGGAUUUCAAGGAGCUGUACGACAAGCUGCUCAAGAUCAAGACUGCACUUGAUCACAUUAACUUCACGCAGGCUUGGUCGCUGCGCGAGACUGACCUUUACGAUUUCCAACGACAACUUGAUCGCAUUGAUGAGAGCAGGGUCGAUGGAAACUUUGUGGACGCCCAGGGGAAACCAGCCGAUCUUCACGCGCAACGAACUCUGUUGUACCUGCUUCGAAAGUCCUACGCGUUGAUCUACACGUACAUUAUCUCUUCGGAGCCUGUGUCAGAAGCUCUCCUCCCCAUUUACAAUCAGCUGCAGACGCUCAAGCGAUGUCUGUUGGAAGUCAAGAAGAACGGAGGUGUCGACUCUCCUCGCGAGCUGUAUCCUUACAGCAUGAAGAUCAACAGCAUCGACAACAUGAGAAAAGACGGCAAGUUUAUGAUUGGCGACGACAUCCCCGAAGGUCAAGGCGCAGUCUCUGCUCUUCUUGCAGAAUGUUUCGAUCUGGCGUACGAGCUUCGGAAUGAAGCCGACGAGAGGAGCGAGAAUCCAGCUCCUGAAGAAGUAAAUGGCGUGGGCAUCCGCACACAGAAAGACGUCAACCCUGCUGAUCCUGACGGCGAGAGCAAAAGCGUUGCAGGCGUUGGUCUGCAGAGAACCAUGACUCGCGACGGAUAGAAUCCUUGCAGAGCACUGAAGAACUGGGGUCGACGCGAGCUGUCGAGUAGCGGGCUUUCAGGCUGCACGCAGGACAGCAGCGACUGAGGCUGCAUGAAGUCGCGGCGUCUGUUUGUUCGAGAUUGAGUAUGGCGUUGUCUGGCGUUGAACGCUAGAGGCUGGGAAUGAACUGAUUAUGCGAUACGGCAGACUUCAUUUGGAGUCAAUGGAUGAGUUGCGGUGCGACUUUACCCACUCACGACACAAUUCCCUCGAGGCAAACGAAUCUUGUGGACUGCUACUGGGCAUAUGAAUGAAAAGCAUACAGUAUGGUUUGCGAAGUUCGCAACCAGCCCAUGAGGCAUGAUUGAAGGUUAGUUGAUUAGUGGUUCUUGUAUGUAUUUUUCUGGGGUGAUGAUGAUGAUUGAGGAAGAAACGAAAUGAUAUUGUCUUUUGCUCAGGCCCCUCUAGUGAGGCUCCGGUAACUGGUUUGUGUGGCUUGUGAUAUUGUGGUACCAAGAUGGGUGCGGUGAAUGCAAGACUAUCAGCUGCUCUCGCCGGUAUCCGCACUUACAACAACAAACCACAAUCUCGCCACUGGCGAAGAACAAAACACCCACUGCGCCAUUGACUGAGGUAACGAAGAAGAUGCCACCAAAGGCAAUGAAAUCAAAGCGCUCGAAUGCUAUAAUGGCUUGCGGUCCCGACUCGAACUCGGACUCGAACUCGAACUCGCACUCCAAUACGAAGUCCCUCGAGGCUCGCCGCCAAUUCAUUGUUGGUCUUGUUGAGUAUGCACCACUAUACCACCCACCUUCGUGCGACACCGCCCGACAUUCCAAGGAGUCGAGCAUGUUCAACCCUUUUGCACAUGUCUUUCUAGUCUUUGCGCCCGAACAGACUAUCUCGCUGCUUGCCAAAGUGUGCAUCAAGGCGAGAUGGGCUCCCACACUCCUGACGAUCCCCCCGGAGCUGAGGUUGAAAAUCUACGAGUUUGCUUUCCAGGAUCACUGGGAGGAAAGUAUGAAGGGUCCGAUGUUUUCUCUCCAGUUGUGCAGCGUUCUGGGUGAACGCUGGAAAGGGGCCCCACCCAAGAAAGACGACAUCGUACGCUAUCCUCUAGAGCCUCUAAUCUUGCGCACUUGCAAGCUGUUCCGCAAAGAGGGUAUUGAAGAAUACAAGAACUUUCUCGAGAAGGCACUUGAUGUCCGGCACUUGGGGAACGAGUGGGACGAGGUUUUUGAGUUCAUGGUCAUGCGCGCUGAGUACCGUAGAUUGACAUUCCCUGGGCUCCCUCCAUCAGUCCGGGCUCUGGAGGCUAGUGCGCGCAACAUCACAGGGCGCUGGAAACAAUACGUCCGCUACGCGGAAGGCGGAAAAUGCGAAGGCUGAGCUGCAGCGUAUGCAGAGGAUUGAGCAACGUGCAAUGAGGGGUAGAGGUGUGAAAGGUCGCUAAGGGCGAUAAGACUCAGAUUUCGAGGUCGCAGAAGGACGCGGUGUGCUAUUGACGGAC